AUGACCUCUGGAUUAUCAAACAAACUUCAUGAGGUGCUGCAUCUCAGAAUCUCAGAAUCUCAGAAUCUCAAAAUCUCAAAAUCUCAAAAUCUCAAAAUCUCAGAAUCUCAGAAUCUCAAAACCUCAGAAUCUCAGAAUCUCAUAAUCUCAGAAUCUCAGAAUCUCAGAAUCUCAGAAUCUCAGAAUCUCAGAAUCUCAGAAUCUCAGAAUCUCAGAAUCUCAGAAUCUCAGAAUCUCAUAAUCUCAGAAUCUCAGAAUCUCAGAGUCUCAGAAUCUCAGAAUCUCGAAAAUCAAAAGGACUACUAUAGCUACUGUACUGUAGCCAAUAACGCCGAAAUUCUCGAAUGUCUGUAUUACAAAUCCCCAUUCCUACUUUAA